AUGGAGGUCACAGCUCUCUGCAUCACACUGUUGAUGACUGUGUUGUUCCUGCUGUGUGCACGUGAUCAGAAAGUUGAUUCAGCAGUUCUUCAUAUUGAACCAAACAGACUGCAGUUCUUUGAAUAUGAAACUGUAACUUUCCACUGUGAGGGGCUCAAAGAGGAGGAGCUCUCAUGUAAAUCUUCUAGCAGUCUGACAUCAUCAAUGUUAUCCUGCGCCAUUAAAAAUGCUUUUCCGGAAGACAAUGGAGAGUACUGGUGUGAAGGUAAAGGGGGGAAGAAGAGCAACAGCGUCAACAUCACUGUCACUGCUGGUUCAGUGAUCCUGGAGAGUCCUGUCCUCCCUGUAGAAGAAGGCAACAAUGUGACUCUGACCUGCAGAAACAAAACGACUUCCUCAAACCUGACAGCUGAUUUCUACAAAGAUGGCCUCUUCAUCAGGAACAGCUCUACAGGAAAGAUGCCCAUCCACAUUGUUUCCAAGUCUGAUGAAGGACUCUACAAGUGUCACAUCUCUGGAGCUGGAGGAUCACCAGAGAGCUGGAUGGCUGUCAGAGAAGAGACUACUCCAACCUCAUCCAAUCCCACCUCCUCCGGUCCUACCCCAUGGAUUGUUACGACUCUCUUAUUGAUGGUUCUGCUGUUGGUGGUGGGACUACUUCACCUCUGCAAAGGAUAUGGGCACAGAGUAUUGGACUAUCUGUCCACAGUGACUCUUCGUUCAAGCUCAGCUGAGAACCAAACAGUCUCUGUAGAGGCCAGUGCAGCUGAUGAGGACAAAGUGAUGUAUGCUGCUGUAACAAAAAACAGGAAGAAGAAAGUAAAAAUCUGCACUCAGAUUCAGGUGAGGUCCAGGUGGAGGGUGGAGGAGGAGGUUGAGUGCAGAGCAGGAGGAGUGGAGGAGUUUCAGUGUAGUAACAUGGUCCAGUCAGAGUCUCCUUCUGGAUCAUCAGGACACAGCUGA